UUUUUUUUGUUUUUUUUUAAACCAAGCACGGUGGCGGAAGGGUUAAACGCCAAAACCCGGAAGUGGGUUGUAGUCUGCUCGGCAACAAGCGCCACGAUUGCGUCGUAACGCGCGUCUUCUCCCGAGCAGCUGGAGAGACUAUGGAGCAACUGGAGGAGGAACUGACGUGUCCGAUCUGCUGCGGUCUCUUCGAGGACCCACGCGUGCUGCUGUGCUCGCACAGCUUCUGCAGGAAGUGCCUGGAGGGGCUCCUGGAGGGGCCCCGGGGGUUCAUCAGGGCCCCGUUCAGAUGCCCGACGUGCCGCAAGGAGAGCCCGCACAACGGCGCCAACAGCCUGCAGGUCAACUACUCCCUGCGGGGCAUCGUGGAGAAAUACACCCGCCUCAAGGUGGCGCCCACGACGGGUGUGUGCGCCCAGCACAGCGGCCAGCCCCUCAACAUGUUCUGCACCCCAGAUCUGAGGCUCAUUUGCGGCUGUUGCGCCACCGCGGACGAGCACAAAGGGCACGACUUUUGCUCCCUGGCGGACGCGUACGACACGGAGAGGAGCGCGUUCGAGGAGCUGCUCCGAGGCGCGGAGGGCUGGCCCAGCGCCGGAGCCCUCGCCCGCUUGGAGACCCUCCAAGCCGCCAAGAAGAAGGCCCUCCAGGCGGUCAACGACGACGCGGAGAGGGUCUCCGACUACUUCGAGCGGCUGAGCUCCGCGCUGGAGUGCAAGAAGAUGGAGAUCCUGUGCGACUUCGAGACGCAGCGGCUGGCGGUCAUGCAGGCGCACGACCCGGAGAUCACCCGCCUGAGAGACACGCUGGAGCGGCAGCGCGGCGCUCUCACCGCCGCCGAAGCCUUCCGGGGAGUGACGGAGCCGCUGGGCUUCCUCCAGCACAUGCGCGACUUCCGCCAAACGCUGGGAGCCUUGAAAGCCGAGGAAGACACGAAGAGGACGCCGCCCAAUCGGAGAGUCGCCCGGCUGGUGCGUGACUUUGACGUGCGGGAGUGGGACGCGGUGAGGCUGCGUGACGUGGACAAGAUGACGGUGCCGCAGGAGGGGGGAGGCGGGGAGACGCCCGGGUCGCGCCGGUUCGUGGCCUGGCUGCUCCUGUUCCUGGCGGCGGGUGUUGCGCUGGUGCUGGCGGAGGUCCUCGGCCCGGACGGAGUGGCCCAGCAAGUGGAGGCGGUGGCGGCUACAGCCCGCGAACUCCUCCGGGAGGCGACCGGUGCUUCCACUCGCCUGGUGAGCGUGGGUCAGGAGUGCAUCGCCCACUGGAUAGACUCAGCUGUGACUUACAUUGGCAGCUGCACAUUAUUAUAAACAAGGAUUUUUUUGUUGUUGCUUUUUUUUGCACUGUUUUGUGGGACCACCAGUGGAAUCAAACAAGGUUACAAUUAAUUUCCCUAAACAUUUAUGUUCAUUUUUGUUUUUUCAAAUAUUGCCAAAUAAAAG